AUGGACACACUGCGUCACUAUUUUGCACUCGUGGACGCUAGUUUUUGCUUUGUAUCGAAGCGUUGCACGGCCCCAACUGUUCACAGUGUAUUGCGUGUAGCUAAUAGCUUUAGUAGCUCACAGCUUACCCGUCAGAAUCUUGUCGAGUUAUCAGCUAUUGCCCCUGAGCUUUUAAUUCUAAGAAGCGUUCCUUCCACACAUCAAGAUGAUGUCUACAGUCCGACGCGCUUAAGUAACGAAAACGUUGAAGUGGUGACAUUUCCAUUAGUGCCACAGACGAGUCAACGUGCAAGUUUGAAACGAAAGAAAAUGUUUGAAGUAGCACUAAUGACUAUCAAGGAAAAAGCAGAAAAGGAUCAAAUAAUGUUCCAGGAACGAAUAGCAUGUCGAGAUACUUUUCGUACAGGACCUGUUGAUACUCGAAAAAGUUCACCUUUUGAGCCAUGGAAACCGUCAAAUGCGUGGAGAUCGUCAGUAUUGACGAUAUUGGAGCAAAUGAAGUUGUAUACAAAUCAAAUUGUUCACGUAGAGCGACGAAAGUUACGUGAAGCGCAGUAUCGUGAUCUUGAGCCAUUGCAAUUGUCUUCACGGGUAUGUGAGGCUUUGGACAAAUGUUACAAGAUUACACAGUUGUAUUCCCAUCAAUUUGAAGCAAUUGAAGCCAUUCGUCGUGAAGAAAAUGUCGUCUUGUCGACAGCAACUGCAAGUGGAAAAUCACUUGCGUAUAAUGUUCCAAUGCUUGAUAUGCUGCUCAAAGAUCCCGAUGCUACUUUCAUGUAUCUCUUUCCAACUAAAGCAUUGGCACAGGAUCAGCUCAAGUCAUUGAGACGAUUAUUAGAUGCAGCAGAUCUGCGUCGUCAUCUAGGAGCGACAUUUGUAAGAAUUGUGGAUGGUGACACGCCCAUGAAAAGCCGGUCAAUGGUUGUACGAGAAACUCGGGUAUUCUUGAUUAAUCCAGAUAUACUUCACUUAACAAUUCUUCCAAGACAUCGACAAUGGAAGCAGGUGCUUUCAAAACUCAGAUUGCUCGUCGUUGAUGAGGCACACAUGUACCGUGGUGUAUUUGGGUCGCAUGUUGCGUGUGUGUUCCGCCGACUCUUUCGCCUAUGCGCGCUUUACGGCUCAAAUCCGCAGGUGGUCUGCUGCUCGGCUACUAUCCAGAAUCCAGAGGCACAUUUCCGACAGUUAGUACCACAGCUUCCGUCUCAAGCUGUUCAUUCAUCAUUGAUUCCUGUCGAUGGCAGUACCCAAAAACAUUUGGAUAAAGAUGCUGGACCACCUAAUCUACAUUUUUUUCGCCAACGACCGCUGAAAGUAAUUGCAAAAGACGGGGCUCCAUCCGUGGAGAAGCUUUUCUGUAUCUGGAACCCAAAGGUGUCUAGGACAAAAACGUUUGAUGAUGAUCAGAUAGACAUGACUGUGCGCAGUAGACCUGAUUUCUCGCAAUUUACCAAUUUACCAAAAGAUCUCCCAUCCGUCGCGACUAAACGAAAGCGCAAGCGUACAACGGGAAUACCAAGUAAUGCAGCACCAGACGACAACACCCAUAAGCUAGAUGCCAAUGUGAGCACAAGUGCAAUUUUCCAAGGCGCUCAAAUCCUUGCUCGUUUAGUCGAAGCAGAAAUCGCAACGCUUCUCUUUUGUCGUGGCAGGAAGCUUACUGAGCUAGUUCUCAUGAAUGUUCAUUCGAUUCUAAAGGCCAACCCUAAGACCCAAAAUUUGCUUCGUCGGGUCAGCUCCUAUCGUGGUGGGUAUACACUGGAAUCUAGGCGAAGAAUCGAGCAGCGACUGUUUAAUGGAGACUUGCUCGGUGUGGUAGCAACGAACGCAUUGGAGCUAGGUAUUGACAUCGGUGAGUUGGACUGCACCAUACAUCUUGGACUCCCAUCGAGCAUCGCGUCUUUGUGGCAGCAAGCCGGUCGUGCAGGCCGUCGACAACAGCAAUCGAAACAAAAACAAUCUGUUGCAAUUAUUGUGUGCUUUGAUGCACCGCUGGAUCAGCAUUUCGCACAACAGCGACACGCCAUGGAACUUUUCAAGCUUGAGCCAGAGGCUGUAACUUUGAACCCGCUGAAUCACCGCGUCCUCGGACAGCAUUUAUUGUGUGCUGCUCGUGAAUUAGCACUGUAUUCUUGUCAGUCUGGAACAGCAUACAUCGAUUCAUACAUGUUUGGGAGCCUCGCUGGCAACGAAGGUGACGAACGUGACAAUUGUGGACAAGUGCUGGUGUCCGAAGUAGACGGAAUACUUCAGUCACUUGUGAAGGAGAACAAAUUGAUGAAGUGUUUUGAGUCAGGUGGACAUGUUAAUUAUCGCAUUCAUUCGUGCAUGCCGAAAAAGUUUCGUGCAGUGAGUCUGCGCAGCAUCUGCGAUGAAAAUUACGAGGUGGUGGUGGUUCCGAGUUAUAGCGCUGACAAUGAUGGAGCUGAUGGUGAGGUACUGGAUGAAAUCCCAGGAGACAAAGCUUUCUUCCAAGUUUACCCCACUGCGGUAUAUCUACACCAGGCACAAGAGUACGUGAUCACCCGACUGGACCAUAUCCAGCGCAUAGCAUUUGCAAGAAAAUGUCAGCAGCCGCUCACGUACUUCACGUGUUGUCGUGAUUUCACUGAUCUUGAGAUUGUCCGUGUGCGAAGCACCACGCGGAUCGAGCGUGACUAUGAGAAACCGAAAAGCGAAUCUGUACUAGUUUGUGUUGGUACUGUGUCCAUCCUAACUCGAGUGUUUGGAUCGACGAUGGUAGAAAAGCGCACAAUGCGAGUUCUAGCGACCAACGAGUUUUCUCUACCCCCCAUGCAAUCAUUUGGAGAGGCUGUGUGGCUCGAAUUUCCAGCUGCACUUCGACAACAGGUCGAAACGAUGGACGGAGCGUUAUGGACUGCAGCACUGCAUGGAGUCGGUCAUCUUUUUAUAGCGCUGGUUCGUCUGUUUAUACUUUGUGACGCAGAAGAUAUCGGCACGGAGCAUGUGAACGAAUUCGAGCAGCGUGUCAAACCAAAUCGCGUGACGAUUUUCGAGAGACGUGAAGGAGGAAGUGGACUAGUUGGUGAAAUUGUGAAAGUAUUUCCAAAGCUGAUUGAAAAGGCCUGGACGAUUGUCAGUGAAUGUUCAUGCAAAGAAGGCUGUCCAGCUUGUAUUCAGUCAAUUGAAUGUUCCGAGUAUAACCAUGUAUUGGAUAAACAUGGAAGUCUCCAGGUGCUCGAGUAUUUAUACAAUAACGUUAUUGGUCAUGGUGUUUCUAUGACAGAAUCCUAA